AUGCGCUAACUUCUGCUGGACACAGGCAUUGGUUCGCGUCGUCGGAACAGACUCGUGGCGCAAUUCGCGCUGAUUCGCGCGCGCGCCGACCAGUAGCGCGUCUGGCGCGCGCGCAUAGUUCGCGGCCGCAGAGCAUUAAAUACAGUCGGUCCCGCGGCGAGCGGAGUCAGUCUUGGGCAAGAUGGCCGGUCGGUCGAGUGCAGCCCUCUACUACUAUUUCGCGCUGAUCCUCCAUCUGGUCCUGCUGACGGAGUGCAAUUACGGCGUGCGCUACGGUGACAGGGCGAGUCGGCUGCACGUCGCGGAGUACGACGAUCCGCGGUACCGGAAGCCGCUCGUUAUCGACAGGCGGAGCGCGGACCCGGAGGACGAUGAGGAAACGCUGUUCAACCGUGCGCGCCGAGACGCGCCGUUGCCGGAGCAUCCGCACAAUAACCCAAACAUCACGGCGAAGAUCAACGCUUUAAAUGAUUCGCAUCAGCAAUUGAUGGUACAUUGGGUCGGCGAGGGCUCCAAUGUGAUAAUAUGUCUGGCGAGGGACAGCACGCCCGUGGCGCGCUUCACAGGAGGCAGACAAGUCCCCCAGAACACCCAUCCUAGCGCUGUGUACAUCAGUUACGAUUACGGCGACACGUUCGAGAAUAAGACUGAAAUGUUCAGGGUCUCGUCCGAGCCCAAUGCUCAAUAUGCGGUUGUGGACAAAUUCACCAAUCAUCCUAAGUACUACCAAUACUGCGUCUUCGUGGACAGCCUGAAUAAUUUAAUCUUCAUAACGUUCGACAACGGUGUAACAAUGCAAAGGCUCACGGUGCCGUUCCACCCGAGCGAAGUCUCGUUUUACGAAGGGGAUUCACGGGUGCUCGUCGGCCUGGACAAGGUUGAUCCGGCGCAGAAGUUAUGGUUGUCGACCGACCGUGGUUUGUCCUGGAUGCCGAUUCAUUUAUUUGUCAAGGCUUUCUUCUGGUCACCGUAUCGUCUUCUAUUGGUGGAACGCUCGGAUGCUUACGGGCUGAACACGGUCUUGAAGCUGGACCUGAAAAAUUUCCCUUGGCAACCGAGGACGAACACCGCAACGCGAGUGAGAACGUCUAUACGAAAGGAAUUCACCAUCAUUAUUCAAAACGUUGAGGACUUCCAGAUCAGAGGUGACUACAUGUUCGCCACGAUGAAAAAUUCGAAGAAUGGAACGUCGGAGCACCUGGAUCUGUACGUCUCCUACAAGAAUCAGACGUUUGUCCCAGCGCACUUUAACACGGAACUGGAUUGCAAAGAUUAUAACAUUGUAGACGUGUCGUUCAAUCGGGUCUUCAUCGCUGUGUCGCACAGCGACACUAUGAUCAAUCUCUACGUGUCGCAAGUCAUAGACCACGAGAAAGCUAUAUUUACCCUGUCUCUGGAGAGCAUCCUCACGUUUUUCCCCAACAGCACUUGGAAGGACAGCUGGUUGAAUGACGUGGCUGACGAGGCAUUCACGGAUCUGUACAAGGUCGAAGGUCUUCGGGGUAUAUACAUAGCGUCGCGGGUGAAAGGUAAUCCGAAAGCGAGCGCGAUCGGACCGGAGCACUUAGAAUCGUUAAUCACCUUCGACCACGGCGUCACUUGGAACAGUAUCAAGCCACCGCAGACGAAUCACGAGGGCUUUUACAUUCACUGUCCAAAAGACUGCUCGUUACAUUUGAGUCAGAGAUUCAGUCAGUUGUAUCCGGUGUCGAGAGCCGUCACUAUCAUGAGCUCGAAAUCGGCGCCCGGAAUAAUAAUGGCCACCGGCGUGAUUGGGCCCAGUUUGAAGGGCCACGCCGCGCUCUACGUGUCCAAAGACGCGGGUCUCACAUGGAAGCAGGUGUUGAAGGAUUAUUUCUUCUUCAACAUGGGCGAUCACGGAAGUUUAUUGGUGGCGGUCAGGUAUUUCAAGUCGCGCGGGGAGACCAGAGAUAUCUUGUACUCGACAGACGAGGGCGAGACGUGGGCGACGUACGAGUUCAACGAGAAGAUGCUACGUGUCUAUGGCCUCAUGACGGAGCCUGGAGAAAACACCACGGUGUUCACUAUGUUCGGCUCGGACAGCGGGCAGCAUCAGUGGCUCAUCAUCAAAGUCGAUUUACGAAACGUGUUUGAACGGGAUUGCACGGAGGACGAUUACAAGUUUUGGUCCCCGAUGAGCGUCGACCAGCCGGUCAUGGCUUGCAUGUUGGGACGUAAGGAAACGUAUCAGAGACGUGCGCUGCACUCCAAUUGCUAUCAGGGCGUCAACUACGAUCGACCGGUGCGGCUGGAAACCUGCCUGUGCGAUGCGAACGAUUAUCAGUGCGGUACCGGUUUCAUGCGCGUCGGGAAUCCCUAUCACUGCAUUCGCAACAAAUCCGUCGUCAAUUACGAUCCUUACGCCGUGCCGGCUUCGUGUAAGUCCGGCGAGUUCUACAAUCGUACCAAGGGCUACGUGAAGAUAUCCGACGACGAUUGUACCGGCGGCCUCGCGAGGAACUUCGAGCCCGACGAGAUCCCGUGUCCGAUGGAGGAGAAGCUGGAAUUCUUAUUGGUCGCCCAACGAGAGCACAUUACACGAAUCGACUUGGUGGAGAAUAGAGUGGAGACGUUACCUGUGCACGAUCUAAAGAAUGUCAUUGCAAUAGAGUUCGACAUGGAAAACAACUGCUUGUACUGGGCGGACAUUGUGAACGACACGAUCGGUAGACAGUGUCUGAAGGAUGGCUCUAGCUCUCCCGAGAUUCUCGUCGAGACCGAUCUGAGCUCCGUCGAGGGAAUGGCCUUCGAUUGGGUGUCCAAGGUGCUCUACUUUGUGGACGGUGUCAAGAUGAGGAUACAGACGAUCCGAACGGACUUAUCUUCCAUGGGCCGAAUGCGCAGGACGAUAUUGGGGCCGAACAAUCUGCAAAAGCCGCGAGGCAUCGCGGUUCAUCCUAUGAACGGCUACAUGUUCUGGACCGAUUGGGCGCCGGGCAACGCCUCGGUCUCCCGCGCCAACUUGGACGGCACGGACGUGAAACGACUGUUCGUCAAGCCCACCGUCGAGUGGCCGAACGGAAUAACGAUCGAUCAUAUCGCCGAGCGUAUCUACUGGGUGGACGCUCGCGCGGAUUACAUAGCCUCCUCGGACUUUGAGGGUAAAAGAUUCAAGAAGAUCAUCGCCAACGACGCGCGCGUCUCGCAUCCAUUCGCGGUCGCUGUGUUCAAGGACAACGUGUACUGGGACGAUUGGAAGCAGUCGAUGAUAUUCAUCGCCAACAAGGAUCACGGGGUGGGAAUCAACACGGUGGUCGGUUUCCAGAUUGCCGGCCUGAUGGACCUAAAGAUCUUCGCGCACAGCGUGCAGAUCGGCACGAACGAGUGCGCGACGAACAACACGUGCUCGCACAUCUGCCUGGGCGCGCCGCGCAACAGCCACGUAUGCCUCUGUCCGGACGGCAUGGUGAUGACCGACGGCAAGUGCCUGUGCCCGAGCGGUAUCAAGCCGUACGCCAACUCGACGUGCCCGCGCGUCGCCAGCACCUGCUCGGCCAACCAGUUCGCCUGCCUAAACAACGUGUGCAUCCCCGAGUUCUGGAAGUGCGACGGCGACAACGACUGCGGCGACAACUCGGACGAGGCCAACUGCAACCGCGCCACGUGCGUCCCGAAUAACUUCGAGUGCGACGACAACAAGUGCAUACCCAAGUACUGGGUGUGCGAUCUGGAUCGUGACUGCAAGGACGGCAAGGACGAGAUGAAUUGCACGUACAGCAAUUGCACCGAGACGCAGUUCAAGUGCAACAACGGCCGCUGCAUAUCGCAUCGCUGGCGCUGCGACAGCGAGGACGACUGCCGGGACGGCUCGGACGAGCAGAACUGUACCAAGAGCGUACAGCCGAACACGUGCCGCUCCGACGAGAUGGUCUGCAAGAAGGAUCAUUCGUGUAUACCGACCACGUGGAAGUGCGACGGCGAGCCGGACUGCGACGACGGCGCCGACGAGAAGGACUGCAACAACAUGGUGUGCGAGUCGUGGCAGUUUACGUGCAACAACACCAAGGAGAACGGACAUCGGUGCAUAUACAAGUCGUGGGCGUGCGACGGCGACAAGGACUGCGUCGACGGUUCCGACGAGAUGAAUUGCACCACCAUCACGACACCGCUGCCGUCGCCGCUAAGCCCAAGCCUGCCCAUGAAUUCCUGCAACGAUUGGAUGUUCAUGUGCAACAACAAGAAAUGCGUGCCCUACUGGUGGAAGUGCGACAGCGUGGACGACUGCGGCGACGAUUCCGACGAGAUCGGCUGCGGCGGCGGCAUGGACGGCGGCAUACUGGAGCCCACGCCUCCGGUUCACACGACGCAGCAGCCGCGCAACUGCCGCGAGCACCAGUUCCAGUGCUACAACGGCGACUGCAUUGAAAACGCGUGGGUGUGCGACAGCUCGAAGGACUGCCCGUCCGGCGAGGACGAGCAGCACUGCGAGCAGAUGCACACGGCCUGCCGCGAGAACGAUCAGUUCAUGUGCCGGCAGGACGGCUCGUGCGUACCGCUCUCGAGCAUCUGCAACGGCGUCGAGGAGUGCCCGGACGGCAGCGACGAGCUCGGCUGCCACGCGGACUCCGAGGUGCACCCACCCGCCACGCCGUCCUGCUACGUCGGCCUCUUCCCAUGCGACGAGACCCGCUGCUUCCCGCUGGCGUCUUACUGCGACGGCAAUCACGAUUGCUUGGACGGCUUCGACGAGAGCAACUGCGAGAAGAACGGCUCGCGCGUGUACCAGGUGCUGGUGAUGGGCGUGGACGAGCGUUCCGUCAACGACUCGAGCUUCAUCCUCUAUUGGUGGAUGCCGAUACCAUCCAACGUGACGUUCGAGUUCCUGCCGUCCUUCGCGCGGGCGGCACCAGGGGCCAAGUGGGCCAACGUCAGCGAGUGGAUCGAGGACACGGAGUACCAGUUCAACAAUCUCGAGCCGUACACCAAGUACAAUCUGACGGUCUACGUGAAGGUGAAGGGCCAGGCUACCGUAUUUCCACCGGCCAAGUAUCUGGUGGUGAUGACAGGCGAGGGCGUGCCGUCCGCGCCAUGGAACGUGACUGUCGCGCAGAAGAACGGCACCCGCGUCGAGGUGUCCUGGAGGCCGCCCUACCAUCCCAACGGUCUCAUCAUCGGAUAUCUGGGCUUCAUCACGCCGCCGAUACCGCCGAUGGAGUUUAAUCGGCAAAAGACCUCCACGAUCAUCGACAUGGAGUUCGAGGGGGGCAAGAAUUAUUCCUUCUGGAUCGUGGCGAAGAACCGGCAGUAUCAGUCGGCCUCGUCGGCAGUCGCCACGCUGACGUUCGACGGCUCGGCCAACAUCGACGACAUCGAGGAACUCCGUGUGGUGGCCACGACGAAUCACUCCGUCACCCUGACGUGGAAGAAGAUGAAGGACGUGGACGGGUAUUACGUCACUCCCAGAGCGCCGGCGCAGUACGCGGCCCUGCAAACUGUCUCGACCCUGAAAAAUCUGAUAGAGGUCGACAAAUUGGCGCCGGGCAUCAAGUACACCUUUGAGGUCGGCGCGAUGAAGAAGAAAUACGUAGGUAAGGUCUCCAUGGUGACAGCAAUGACGAACGACACCGCGCUGCCGACAAUAUCCAAGUUCGACGCGCAAUUGGUCAAGUCCCAGAGAACGACCGUCAAGCUCACCUGGGAACCCCCGAAGAGCAGCAUGAAGAUUAGGUGGCAGUACGCUGUUCAUUAUGCCACCAACAUGUUGGACUUCUUUAAAGCUUAUAAACUCGUCACCACUAAUCUCACGGCUACAAUCAAGGAUCUGGAGGCGUGUGAAUCGUACGUCUUUGCCGUUGGCGUCAUUGGGGAUCACGGAGCGGGACCUCUAAAUCAACCGAUGACGGUCACGACCCACUUCAACAAACGUGCGCCUCCGAAGAGAUUGCGAGUGACGCCGUCGGCGGAUAAAAACGACAGCAUAAUCGUCUCGUGGAGCGCGAGUUGUCCGACGAUCGACGAACCGAUCAGUUACACGAUUUCUGUUACGGAAAUAGUUCUCAACAAGCAGAUAACUGUGACACUGUCACCGACUAACGAGACCAUUAUGAAGCACACGUUUAAUGCCAUCAAGUACGGCGGGAAGUACAGUGUUACAAUAAGCACAGAUGUUGAAGAUGCCAUACCGACGCAACCGUUCAUCUACAUAGCACCGCCAAUCAGGCCGCCUCAUCAGCUCACCGUCUUACGCGGUGAAAAUAUGGAAUAUUUGAUUUAUUGGCAAGAACCGGAAUUGCCGGAGAACAUUCGGAACGAUGCCGAUGCGCAUUAUGAAAUUUUUGUGGCCGAGGGAUCGAGAACGAUAAACGAAUCGACUGCCACAGUCUUGCUGGCCAAAGACCCGCCUUACCACUACAAAGACGCUAAAAUGGAUACGAUUUACACCUUCGCCGCGCGUUUGGUCACGAGCGAGGGCUACCAAAGUCCAAUGAGCGAGACCUGGAGCACGCAGGUUUCAGGAUCGCAGCUUCCGGUGAUAAUGAACACGUCGGGCAUAUUAUCUCUCGCUAUACCGAUCUGUCUGGUCAUUGUAGCGCUCGGUGCUGCGCUUGCGUAUUUCAUCGUUCGCCAUAGAAGGCUGUCUAACAGCUUUACACAAUUUGCCAAUAGCCACUACGAUACGAGACGGGGACAAGCCACUUUCCCUGGCACGACAGACGGUCUAGAAGAAGAAGAUAGUCCGGUAAUCCGAGGCUUUUCGGAUGACGAACCGCUCGUAAUUGCAUGAAUACCAUAUAUAUGUAUAAACGGAAUAUUUACGUACUAGGGAAAAGAUGUGCCAAGACUAUUAAAUAUGAUAAUUUUGAAUAUAGACGAAGCUUUACAAUGGAAGGCAAAAACUCUUAUGAAAGCGUCUCAAGACUGAAUACUUAACUGUGGCCGGCAUACUUGUGCUGUUGCAGUUAAUGACUAUUGAUCGGGGGGUAAACAGGCUGCUUAGAACGCUUACACGAGAGUUUUCACGUCAUUCAUUACAGUACGUUGUAGAAAUAUGGUAUACGUGUACAUGACGAGUGGUCGGAGCAACUACCUGCCGUGUAGUUGGAGAGGCCAUUCCACCUCAAAUUCGAGUGUAAACAAAUCAAGACGGUCGUAGGUUGGAAAUGUUUUACCAUUUAAUGAGACGAUUGCCAAUCGAGGUGCAGUCGACGGUAAUUUGUAUAUAGUAAAUAUUUUUUAUGGAUUGAUUGUGAGACCUUCGAGAUGACACAUUUGCAUUUUUAAUAAUGUAUUUAUACGACCUGUAUGUAUGAAGAAACUUUUUUUUAGUCCAUAUUCAGAUUUGUUGACGCGAAGGCGAGUUACCGGACCUUUUUAUUAAAAGCUGUUUUAAUAAACACCCACAGAGGCCAUAAGUUUUUUCCAUAUAGCAAGUGCAUGACCAAAGUUAACGCCUUCUUCUGAUGCCGCAUUCACAACAAGUUUAUCAGUUUUUCCUUUGUUCACAGAAUACAUUCCUAUGAAGUUUCAUUCAAGUUCUCCGGCUUGAGUUGAACUUCCUAUGAUCGUCCCGAUUAGAAUUUCAUAUCGAGCGCGAUGCGGCAUUGAAAGAAAUUUUUAUACGCGAGUUUCAAUCUCGCGAAAGGGUUACCCGACCCACGUAAAAAGUGUGCUACAGUUAUUACGAUUUAACACAAUAUUAAGAAUUUUUUUUUAUUUUUAGGCACACGUUAUAAAGAUAUUUGUCGAGUAAUGGUAUGCUUUGUACGGUUAAAGUGAGGAUUACAUUUUUAUUUUUUACAUUAAAAAGAUUAUUCUUACUAAGAAUGCUAUAUUGGGAUUGGAAAGAACUGCUAUAUUGGACGUUUUUAGUUUUCAAAUUAGGAAAGGUUUACCAAAAUGCCGAUGAGAAAACGACGAAAAAGUUAGCGGCAGCAUCGUGACUUUUAGAUUACUGUAAAUAAUGUUUGAAUAAGCGUGUGAUCUUUCACCACUUAAAGCCAUGUUGAGUCAUCUGGAAACGACACUAAUGGUUAAAUUUCGCGAUGAAUUAUAUUUUUAUGUCGGUAUAGUCUAAGAUUCUCGAAUGGUUUUCUCGCUGCGGCAGGAAACAAACUACAGAUUUCAUAGAAUCUUUUGCUGUAUAUGACACACAUAUACAUACACACGAGUGAUUAUUAUACCGCGGAGAGUCUAAGGGAUAAGAUUGAUUGCGUAUUCUUAAGUAAUUGUCUUUUUUUCUCUCUUCUCUUCUCAAACGAAAAGGAAGCGUGCGAUGCGAGUUUCUAAAACUAUUUGUGCGUGAUCAUUUUCUUUGAGUCAGUAUGUCAAGCCGAGGGACGCGUUAAACUAGUUGAAUGAGCGGACAUUUUAUGUGCCAUUGAAAUUGUGAAUUAAUAUAAAUCGCGAUAAGAUACUACUUCACACUUAUAUUCCAUUGCGGCAUACUGAUGUUUCUGAAAAUCUCGCUUUUUUUUUAACAAGAAAGAAAAUGAUGAAUUAAGGGUUAACAACACUCUAGAGCCCCCCAAAGAAGCCAAAUUUUCGGUGAUUUUUUUCGCAGGAAUAUAAUAAACGUAAAUGAAAAUCUGUUUAUUCCUAUUUAUUCUCUGUACAUUGGAGUGUAAAAUAUGUUUUAUAAAUUUUUCCUCAACAAAAUGGCGGCGCCCGAGCCACGGAUCCAAAGUGCCUCUUUGCGGAAGUCCCACGGGCGGAAACAAAGCUCCCUCAUCCUUUGAGCUAGAAUAAAAAACCAAAGAUUUUUAAAAAUAUAUAAGAUUGUCUUUCGAACUACGUACGGUUCCUUUGUGUCGCAUCUGACAUGAUGGUUGACCCUCCGUCGACUUACUUUUUGGAUCCAUGAUUUGGGUGUCGCUAUUUUGUUGAGAACAAAUUUAUACAAAAAAAUGUUUUUACACUUCAAUGUAUAGAGAAUAAAUAGGAAUAAACAGAUUUUACGUUUAUUAUGUUCCUGAAAAAAAAUCACCGGAAAUUGGCUUUUUUGGGGGGCUCUAAAGUGUUGUUACCCCUUGGGGUACGCACGAAAUGAUGGUGGCUCGACGAGAAGACAACAGUAUUAGUGAGGCUUGAUAACGGUUCCUUUGUGUGUCGCAUCUGACAUUAUGGUUGACCCUCCCGAACGAAUUGAAUUGUAAAGAAAAGGUACCUCUGCCAAUAUUCGACGCGAUUACGUCCUCGGCUUAUCAAUGUUACUUUUCUCUUUCUUUCCCUUUUGCUAUAUGUCGUUAAAUGUUGCAGAAAAAAAUACUAUAGAAAAUGUCCAUGUUUUUAAACCCGUGUUACGCGGCUCUUAUAUAUAAUAUAAUCAAAUAUUAUUGAGAGACAAUUGUAUUAAUAAUAGUGAUAUAAUUGACAUCACAUGAUAUCAAUACAUUUGAUAUCGUCGAUAUCAUCUAUAUCGAAUGAGCAAUAUUGUUACGUAAUAUGGAAAAAUAUGUAAUAAUAUUGUUCACGGGCUGUUUUAGAGAGAGAGAGAGAGAAAGAGAGAGCGUGCGAUGAGAAUAGAAGAGAAUAUAUAUAGCUGAUUUACAUGUAAAUGUCAAAAGUUACAACGCGAUAAGAGACAGUGAUAUAUAAUAUAUAUAUACAUAUAUAAUAUAUUUACGUGUAAAUAAACGAACUUAAGAUACAAAA